UCUUGUUUUGGUAUACUGGCAUUAGUGCUGCUCCAUGAAGUAUAUGGACAGCUUCUGGAUUCAAAAUGUGAAAUUAACCCUCCUGAUAAAAGUUACACUUCAUGGAUGGCAUUGAUUGUAUCAGAUAAUCGAAAUUGCACGGGAACGCUUGUAAAUAGAAAUUAUGUCUUAACAGUCGCAAGCUGUAUAUUUAAUCAAAAUCAGAGAUUCGUUCGCUUGGUGAAUAUUUACGGAGGGUAUAAAUAUUAUUCCGUACAAGAAAUCUACAUUCACCAGCUCCACAAAAAGUAUACGAAUGAUAUAGCUCUGCUUAAGCUACACGAGGCUGUGAUCAAUAUAAAACCGAUAUGCAUUUGGUUAAACGAGGAUUUGAAGUUGGAAAGUCAUAUGACAUUUAAGGCCACCGACUGGAACGCAAUUGGAAGACCUACGUCGAACAGGAUUAACAAAUUUGAAAAUAGAAAAUGCUUAAAUGCCUUUGGUAAAAAUCCCGAUCAAACGCAGAUCUGCGCUGGUUACAGUAACAAAGACACAUGCGCUGAACUAGGAAGUCCUUUGGGCAUUCAAAUUUCCACUAAUCGUUACACACUUAUUGGAAUUCAGAGCUAUGGCGCCUUAGGAACUUGUGUUUAUACCAAUAUUAUCAAAUAUAUUGACUGGAUAGUGGAAGUCGUGUUAGAAGUCGAUGUGGUAUUUAAUAAAUUAUAUUAAAUUUAAUAAAGACUUUAAUCAGGAACACAGAUCUCUAUCAAUUUAAAUGUUUGUAGCUUAUUCCUAAGGCUAAAUCAUGUUUAACAACUUUAAGUAAGUUUGCAAUAAAAUUGUGUAUUAUAUA